GAUUUCUAAUAAUUUAAAUUAAGCUUGUUCCUUAGGGGCUGUUGGUGGCUUUUUGUUUUAUAUAUGCCUAAACAACUGAGCCUUUAAAUGUAAUUAUUCUAUUAAACUGCACUCGACCGGACAUCGAUAAAUCGAUAUUCUAAUUACCUUUGGCUGAGUACCCAAACCAAAAUAAUACAUCGUAUGAUUCGCAUAUGAAAUUUCGCUUAACACGUAAAAUAGUAAAAUUACUUCUACCUUGCGACAAAACAAAAUUACCAUUCACGAUUUUCGUACAGUUAUUUUAUUAUUGAAUAACUAAUUUAUUUUUCUUUCAAUAUUUUUCUUUUUACAUAUAUGUGCAAAUUAUAUUUAGUUAUGUGUAUGUUUAUGGUGUUUUCAAGAACGAUGGACAAGUUAUAGACUAUAUUAUGUAUUGACUUUAUGGAAGCUGUAUGUUAAUAGUGCUCAAUUAGUGAACUGUUCAGAAUAAUGACAAAGUUAGCUAGCACAAGACGCGCUCGCAACCAGGCCACGUCUCUAGCUAUACCGCGACAGAACUCCCUAACUGACAAUGGCAAGACCCGCCAAAACUUAAGCCCAGAGGCCCUGGGGUCCAUGAGUAAGGAGCAACUCAGAGCGGAAUGCAGGAAAAGAGGUCAACGGACUACAGGCAACAAAAAUGAGCUGCUCGCCCGCCUCGGGUACUACAAACUGGCGGCCGCAGAGCAAGUGAAGACUGAGCAGCGCACGCGCAACGGCCUGCAUCCUAUACAUCCCAAAGAAAUCAAGAGUAAAGUUGUACCAAUGGACACAGAGAGUCUGGUGCUAUGGCGGAAACCGUUGACAACGCUCGAAUACUUCUUUCGAGAAUUAGUUAUAUUAUCGUCCACUGGACUUAAAAGAUUAUUAGCAUAUAAAUUACUAGCAUUAGCAGCAUUACUGUUGAUCUCGGGCACAACCGUGUCUUAUUAUAUAAGUGGGCCCCACCAACUGUUUGUACAGGAAAUAGUACUGACAGUGGCGUGGUGGGGCUGGUGGGUGAUACUCGGCGUGUGCAGCUCGGUGGGGCUCGGCACGGGGCUGCACACGUUCCUGCUGUACCUCGGGCCGCACAUCGCGCGCGUCACGCUCGCCGCCUACGAGUGCGGCGGCUUGAACUUUCCCACGCCGCCGUAUCCUAACGACAUAAUAUGCCCGUCAGAGAUCGACCCAAAGAACGUGGUGUCGAUAUGGAAUAUCAUGGCGAAAGUUCGGAUAGAAUCGAUGAUGUGGGGUAUGGGGACGGCGUUAGGGGAACUCCCCCCAUACUUCAUGGCGAGAGCGGCGCGACUGUCUGGAGGCAGUGUCGUUGAGUUGACUGAGAAAGAUGACUCUAGAACUGGCAGGGCUAAAGUAAUGGUACAAAAGCUAGUCCAGAAAGUAGGAUUCGCUGGUAUAUUAGCGUGUGCUUCGAUACCCAACCCGCUGUUCGACCUGGCGGGGCUGACGUGUGGUCACUUCCUCGUGCCAUUCUGGACCUUCUUCGGGGCCACCCUACUCGGGAAGGCUGUCAUCAAAAUGCAUAUACAGAAGAUGUUUGUGAUCAUAGCUUUCAAUGAAACUCUUGUCGCACAAGCUCUCGCCUGGGUAGAAAGGAUACCAUACAUCGGGCCAAAACUGGAAGCGCCACUGCUCGAGUUCCUCCGAAACCAAAAAGCGCGUCUACACAAAAAGGACUCAGCCACACCUGAGAACCAAGGGUCCAUACUGUCGAGUCUUCUAGAGAAAUUCGUACUAGCCAUGGUCCUGUACUUCGUGGUGUCGAUAGUGAAUGCACUGGCGCAGAACUACAGCAAGCGAGUGGGCAAGAAGAAGGGAAAGAAGAAGGAAUAGGGCACGAACGCGCCGGGCGACGCCCACUGUGGUCUCGCGCGGCUAUGUGCACAAGGCACGCGAGCGCGGUAGUACCGCCUGAUGGUAGCGAGUCAACCCGCGCGCCGAGCCGAUGCCUUACCACUCACCACCAGAAGUUGCUGACUAGCUUAAGUGUAUUGUGUUCAAGGGUUGCCAACAAGGCGACCAGGGUCUGUAGCCGUGUGACACGUCGAUUCUCUUUCUACAAACGCUAACGCUUCGAAAACUAUUAAAAUAUAUGGGAUUGACAUAUCUGAUCGACAACUUGAUCACGUGAUCUGUCGAUAGCAAAUGUCAUUUCCGUACAUUUUGUUAGUUUUCGAAGCGUUAGCGUUUGUAGAAAAAGAAUCAAUGUGAGACAUGGCUAUAGGCCCAGGGAGUGUGGUAUUUGUUUAAGGAUUGCUAUGCAUUAUUAGACAUAAUAUUAUAUUGUUACGCGUAUACUUCAAACUUCACACAGAGGAAAAAAAUACAUGAAAAAAUAUGCAGUUAACUGGCGCGCACAGGGUUCUUUAACAGGGUAGGUAUUCCGCUGAAUAAUUAUAAUAUCAGUCCAAUCAAUAAAUAUCCCAUUGCUGAGAGUGCUCCUCUCUAUAAAGAGAAAAGAAGAAAUUCAAAUCUAACACAGUUUACAAGUAUAUCUAAAUUAUUUUAAAAUGGCAUGACAAUACAUACAUACAUAUUGUAUGUGUGUAAAGUAGACACAGAAGACAAUAGACAACUGAUUUAUGUCGUAAAUCAAAAGACAUGCAUAUGUUUAUAACAUCCAAAAACACUACACUAAAUAAUAUUUUUAUUUUUUUUCAUUAUUAUAUGUU